AUGGCCGCUCUCGUUUCAUUGCAAGACAUUGAAAAUGCCAUUGAAAUAAUCAAAAAAAGUCCUAUGGUUUACAGGACCCCACUUUUACAAAAUGUGCAAAACAUGUUUGGUUUUGGGGACCAAUUUAAGCUGCAUUUGAAGAUGGAAAACAUGCAGAAUACAGGUAUAAUUAAUUACUUAAACACAGUAUAAAACAUCGAGUGAAAUUUACCGAUGUUGAUAAGCUAUAAAACCACUGAUUAUCUUGGUAUGUGUAAUGGUUUGUGUCGACAUUUAGAAGGACUUCGAAUUUCCUGAUGUAACUCGAACUGUAAUUCUCAAGAGAUGAAUGUUAAAACAAGGUUCCAUCUUUCUACACCAAGGACUCAGUCUGAAUGCUUGAAUUAAUUCUGAUUAAUUGGAGAAAGUCCCUCUUAGGGUGGGGGUUGGGUUACGUACGGUAUGUCUCUAGUAUGAAUUUCAAAUACGAUGGUUUUGCGUUUUCAGCAGUAGGUCAUGUCUCUCUCUGUAUAAUAUUUUAACGUACCAUAAUUAUUUCCUCAAAAAAUAGCAGGGGCAAUUACUUUUCCCUUCGCCCCAACAGGCGGCGAUUAAUCGAGGGAGGCGAUUAUUUCAAAUAUUGCUCACUGGAAGUCGUGCCCUAAAUAUUGUUUUUGUUCUAUUAUCCCAUUAUAUCAAAAAAUAAUCACAUCAAAUAAACUGAACAUGGCCUUAUGGUGUUCCAAGAUUAGAUUAAUUUUCAUUUCCAAUAUCCUUGGCGUCAAAGCUUGAAUUGUUACCGAUCAGUUUUUGCCCCAUCAGACUCCACUUCAUUUUCAGCCUCCAGAUUUACAUACCGCUAUAUAUCGGUAUCCUUGCAAGAGGGUGAGGGCAAUUAUUCGAGGGAGGCGAUUAUUUUAAAUAUUUCUAUCAAAGGGGGGUGAUAAUUCAAGGCUCAAGGGAGGCACUUAAUUGAGGGAUGGCUAUUAUUCAAGGAGAUAUGGUAUCUAUCCUUUUCAUCUAGUCUUAUGUCGCCCUUAACCAGAUGAAUUUUUUUUGUUAUUGGUAAGAAGGCCAAUAACUGGGUGGUGGCUUGUAAGUAGGGGGGAGGGGGACAGGGCUUAUAAGGGGAAGUUUAGCUGGUGGCUUAUAAAGCUUUUAUUGUGUUAGGUUCAUUUAAAGCCCGUGGCAUUGUCAACCAGUUUGCCCACAUCCCUGCGGAAAUCAUUAGCAGCAAGAGAAACCUUGUCUCCAUCUCAGCUGGGAAUUAUGGCAAGGCGUUUGCUAUUGCUACAAAGAAACAGAACUUACCAGCGACAUUGUGUAUGCCAGAGACAGCACCUGUUAACAGAGUAACUCUAAUUGAGGUAUUUCUUUACUUUUCUCAACUUUCCAAAGGCAAAUUAACUGUCUCUUAAUUGAUAUAUCUUAUGAUAUUAUAACUUAAUCACAUGCAAUUUGAACCUACAAGAAACCUACAAUAAAUAUUGACCCAAGUUGUACCUUAGAAAUCUACAGUCCCAAGACAUUUGUAUAAGGUUUGAUUUGCAUUAAUAUACAGUCAACAACUUGUGUCAUUUAUAGGCAUAAUUAUUGUCAACAUAUUGCAUGCAAUAAAGCCGUGGACAGUGAUCUAUAAUUAUGCCGCUUACUUUAUCUUACGGCUAACCUGAAAUAAUUAUAUUCUUUUCUAACAAUUCAAAGCUGAUUUUCAGAGUCUUGGUGUGACUGUGGAAAGAAUGCCAUCAUGCAAUUUACAAGCUGCUGUUGAUCGCCAUGUCAGUGAUGAUGGCAUGUAUUUCCUUCACUCCUUUGAUGACCUUAAUCUUAUCGCAGGCUAUGGAAGGUAACACAUUAUUUCUGGCAAUAAAAUGAGGGAGGGAGGGGUGGUGGUUGGGUGAGCUUUUGAUGGGUAUGUGACUUUGUGCCACAUGCCUCCCAGAACCUCGAUCAGCCCAAUAUUAUAGUUAUAAACUUUGCAUAAUAGAAUUCUUAUAAUCAAGGCUGAGCUCUUACAGUGCCUGCACACAUGUCCAAUCCUCUUGACCAGAUUCUAGUGGAUAAAACCUGCAUGGUGGCCCCUGGCGCAUAACUUUUGCUUACAGGUGACUAGAAAGUCUUUUUCUAACGAUAUAAAUCAUACACUGGGCAUCAUACUGAUUUCACAGAUUCAUAGAGCAUUGCAGAGCUGACCUUACAAUUUUUUUUUAUAGCUCAGCCUUGAAUAAUAUUUAUGAGUGCAAUGCUGAAAUUAAGGUGACAAUUGACUCUUGAUCUAAUUUCAAAUUCUCCAUCUCAUCCACAAGCAUAAUAUGAAGUGCACUGGAAUGACGAUUUGUUGAUCAGUUUAUCAGAAGCCUCUUAAGAGCUUUACUCCAGCUGGCACCACUUAACGUUGUGUCUACAAAGCUACCUUUUCUUCUGAUCAACCCUUUUUAAUUUCAAUGUGUCGAAUUUGUUCAAAAUGCGCAAUGUCCCAUUUAAGUACAGCUUGUCCCCAGUCAUCUGUUUUGUCUCUUAUAUUAUUUGAUGAGGUUUAAUCUGUGCUGGAAUAGCUUGCAAUGAGUAUUCUCCUUAUUCAAUUGCUAGUGCUGGUGUCGAGAUAUUAGAGGAAAUUCCAAAUCCUGAUGUCGUGAUUGUCUGUUGUGGAGGAGGUGGCCUAGUCUCUGGUGUUGCGGCAAGCAUAAAACUUAAGGGAAGUAAAGCAACAAGAAUAUUUGCUGUGGAACCUGAAGGAGGUGGGUGGAUUAGAAGUCAAGCCCUAUCCCCCAUUUCAGUAGGGUUAUAAUUGUGGGUAACUUCUGGAACCAUCAGUUUAAAAAGAUCUGGGAUUUUCGAAAAAAAAAAAAAUUAUUGAUGUACAAUGGUGAGAUAAUGACAAAGAAAACAUUAAUAGCUUUUAAAAUAUAUUAAAUUUGCAGCACCUACUAUGUAUCUGAGUAAACAGCAAGGUCAUUCUGUCAGUGUGAAAUCAGUAAACACCAUCGCCUCAGGACUUGCUCCACCUUAUGCAGGUAAGGAAGACNAUUGUGGGUAACUUCUGGAACCAUCAGUUUAAAAAGAUCUGGGAUUUUCGAAAAAAAAAAAAAUUAUUGAUGUACAAUGGUGAGAUAAUGACAAAGAAAACAUUAAUAGCUUUUAAAAUAUAUUAAAUUUGCAGCACCUACUAUGUAUCUGAGUAAACAGCAAGGUCAUUCUGUCAGUGUGAAAUCAGUAAACACCAUCGCCUCAGGACUUGCUCCACCUUAUGCAGGUAAGGAAGACUGUGAACAUAAUUUCUGGGGACUCUGCAAUAAAAUAGCUCAAACUAUAGUAUUUAACACUAGCACGCCGCAUAUAGCCCAUGGCUACCUAGACAUGUCUGUGCAUCGUGCGUUUCCUAUUUAUUAUUUUAAGGACAGUUUCACUUCCCAGUAGCGUGCUCAGUCUUUUCGGUGUUUUGUACACUUCUUUACCUGCCCCGCCCACCUCCUUGCAUUUUAAAUUCACUACCAGGAGCUUUCUACUCCUACUGCCUCUGAGACUGAGUCUCCAAUAUCUGACUAGCAUUACAGGCAUUGUUUGUGGAUGGCCCCAGUGAGAAUAUAUCACAUUAUGUGUGUUGUGGAAGAGACCAGCAAGCUGGCAAGAAGAGUGGGGAUCACAUUAUGUCUGCUUGUCCAGGCAAAGUGCUAACCUGCAGAGAACUUAAUGGUUUGUUAUUUUUUUCUCAACAGGAAAAAUUACUUUUCAGCAUGUGCAAGAGUUUGUAGAAGAUGUUAUUUUAGUCACAGAUGAUGAGAUCAAGAGGUCAGUACGUUGAUAACCAUGUAUAAUAUAAAAUCUGUGUUUCCCUAUAGAGUCCUAAUUUUUCACUCUUGAAUUUGAACGGAAGACGGCUGCAAGACAUUAUAAAAAUUCAACGGUGUAAUUCCAGAAACAUCUAUGCAAGACAUACUCUUUCUGUCAAAUAAAAUAAUUGUAUUUUAUGCUGUUGGUUCAGGCCUUUCCUAAUGUAAAGUUGAUUUUAAUCCCCUCCCCCCAAAAAUAUCCUAUGAUGUUGCACUGUGGGGGGAGAAGUUGAGUGAAAUUUGCCUUGUAACAUCUAGGCUUACUUUAUAGAUGAGAAGGUUAUGAAUAAUGGCUAUUUUAAGUGACAUGGGUAUGACUAACUGGAGGUGAUUUCCGAUGUACAAAAAAUUUGCCUUGACACUUCCACAUUAUUUUGUAUUGCUAAAGUUUCUUCACUCGUAUAAUAACAAUUUGCUCAAAAAUUUGGAAUAAGUCCUCCUCUGGUUGCAGUCUGCCUGUCAAGAACACCAUUGAUUGUACUUAAGCAUCCAAAAUGAAUUUUCACAUGACAUUUGUCAGUAACAACAGUUAAUUUUUUAAAACCUUUCUUUUUACACAGGGCUGUAAAGACAUUUUACCAAGCUGGUCUUGUUGUUGAGCCCUCAGGAGCUGCAGCUUUUGCAGCCUUACAAUCAGACAAAAUACCAGAUUUAUUGCCUGGAAGCAAUGUAGUUGUCAUGGUCACUGGAGGAAAUGUAACAACUGAAGAACUGUGUGAUCUUGUUAGGUAGCAAAAUAGUUCCUUUUCUUGGAACCUUGUGACAGAAUGUAUAACUACUACCACUAUAAAGUACAAAGGCAGUUAACUGCAGCAUAAAACCAAACAUCACACUUACUGUAAUGUAACUGCUAACCACUGACGAUAAAUUGGAGAGUCUGACAGGGCUGAACAAGUGAACAUCAGACUUUAAGGGGCUAAGUCAUAGGGAUAUUGUCAGGGUUAUCAUUAAGACGCAGGGGCCAGGGAUUUCUGCCGGCUACUAGGAACGUGGCCCCCAACUACUUUCAUAGGAAAAUAGAAGAAAAAAAGAAUCAAAAGAAAUCCCUAGCUGUUUGAUUCCCCACCUACAUGUUGUAUUUACCCUGCUACUUGAAAUCUUAGUGACAACCCUGUAUUGCUGCUUUAAUUCAAUUUUGUCUUAGUGCCUUUACUGCCAUACACAAUAAAUUAUGCUCCUGUAAAGUUAAGAAGCAAACAAAUUUCAUCAGGAACCACUAACCAUAAUGAUUUUGCUGUCUCUUAGUUCUCUUGACUUGUUCCAGAGCCUNUAACAAUUUGCUCAAAAAUUUGGAAUAAGUCCUCCUCUGGUUGCAGUCUGCCUGUCAAGAACACCAUUGAUUGUACUUAAGCAUCCAAAAUGAAUUUUCACAUGACAUUUGUCAGUAACAACAGUUAAUUUUUUAAAACCUUUCUUUUUACACAGGGCUGUAAAGACAUUUUACCAAGCUGGUCUUGUUGUUGAGCCCUCAGGAGCUGCAGCUUUUGCAGCCUUACAAUCAGACAAAAUACCAGAUUUAUUGCCUGGAAGCAAUGUAGUUGUCAUGGUCACUGGAGGAAAUGUAACAACUGAAGAACUGUGUGAUCUUGUUAGGUAG